AUGGGACUUCCUACUUGGGACAGGACUAGGAUGAAUCCGAUUAACUGUGAUGAUAUUCUGCAUGAGAUAUUUCUUCGACUGCCUAUAAAAUCUGUCGUCAGAUUCAAGUGCGUGGCAACGAAGUGGAACGAAUUGAUCUCAACACCGUAUUUUCGUUCUUGUUAUUUGUCUAGCGUAAAAUAUUCUCCUUUAGGGUUUUUCGAAAGCCUCAAAGUGAUAAGAGGAGACAAGAUUUACUAUAAAGAUAUGCCACCACUGUCAUUCUUGCCAAUUUGUGAAGAAGGAGAGGAUAUAAAUUCUCUUAGUUUUCUUAAGGAUGUUGGAUACUUGGUCGGUGGUGUUUCGAAUGGUUUCAUUCUUUGCGGUUGGAAUCCUGGAAGAUACGUCGUCUGUAAUCCUUUGACAAAUCAGUUGUUCUGUCUUCCUAAAGUGAGGACUCGACGAUACCCAAUGCCAACUCUCGGAUUCUCUUGUGAAGAAGCAGAUGACAAUGGGUUGGUGCGAUUCAAAGUUAUUCAGGCCACAACCACAUCCCAUGAUGUACUAACAGAAACCACAAUGUUCAUUGAUAUUUUUAGAUCAGAAACUAGCAAUUGGAAACAGUUGGUAUUCCCAAUUGCAACCAACUUUAUAAUGAAGCCUGGCCAAAUUUGCAUUGUCAUCAAAGGGGUCUUCUUGUGGCUUGAUAUUGAUCAUAACGAAUAUGAUAUUGCCGCCUACAACCCUAACCUGUCAGAAAACCAACUAUGGUUGCUCCAACGUCCCGGCGACCCUCUCAAGGUGAUGACAACAACUUUUGGAGAGUCGUCGGAUGGUUUGCUAGUAUACGCAACGGGAGACACUUAUGGAUUUGAAAUCUGGGUUCUCAGAAAGAAGUUGUCUGGUUACAAUUUUUCAAGCAAAAUAGGAAGAGAUGAGUGGGUGCCAAGGCAUACUGUGAAUUACCAAAGUAUUUCAAUUGAGUAUCCAAUGAUGGUUCGUUUCUCCGAAAUCAGUCAUGAUAGGUGCUACUUCAAUAAAUUUCCUCAUAUGGUAGCUUUCCAUCCUCAAGAUUCGACAAUUCUCUAUCUCAAGUUCAAACAUAAGAUCCUAUGGUAUAAUGUGGAUACUGGAAAAUUGGAGUUAGUUUACUGCCAUGGCAAUAAUGAUCCAAAUCGUAAUGACAUGGGCUUGUUUCCUUAUUUCAGAGCUGUUUGGCCCAUGUCUCUUCCACCUUCAACUUCUUGA